UAUUAUGUAAUCGUUCACCGUGGUAAAGUACUGCAUACAUUUCUUUCGUUGUUUGGUGCAUUGAUUAAUUGAUGAUUUCGUAUCAUACAAUGGUACAAUCAUAUAUAUUUCUUCUCGUUACUGUUACGUCCAUCAUAUGGAAGAUGUCAUUGGGUCUGUCUUGUUUAUCAUGUCAUAGCGAAUCCGAUAAAUCCAGGUGUUCGACACAUCAAGUACAAUGUCGGGAGGGUUUUGAGGAAUGCUUCUUUGAUAAAUCCACAUUGCAAAAUUCGGCGGUAGUUUACUCUGCAGGCUGCAGGGCAAAAGCGGUUUGUGAUUUGUUAGAAAAUGCCGUAGGGAAAAGAGACGUUAUAGGUCGGUCACGGAGGACGUCGGUUCUCUGUGCACAAUGCUGUAAUACAGCUUCAAGGAAUAACAUUCCAUGCAAUGCACAUUUAUGCGACAAUCGUAUGUUUUGUUUAUCAUGUCAUAGCGAAUCCGAUAAAUCCAAGUGUUUGACACAUCAAAUAGAAUGUCGGGAUGGACUUGAGGAAUGCUUCUUUGACAAAAUCACUUUGCAAAAUUCUGCUGUGGUUUACUCUGCAGGCUGCAGGGAAAAGGCGGUUUGCGAUUUGGUAGGAAAUGCCGUAGGGAAAAGAGACGUUAUAAGUCGGUCACGGAGGACGUCGGUUCUCUGUGCACAGUGCUGUAAUACACCUCCAAGGAAUAGUUUGCCGUGCAAUGCACAAUUAUGCGAGGAUCGAUUUACAACUGACACAUCAACACCUGGUCAUUUUACAGAUUACAAUCAAAACGUAUUUACAACUGACACAUCAACACCUGGUCAUUUUACAGAUUACAAUCAUAACGACUGUAAAGAUUUGAUCAACUGUCGCCCGUAUCCGAAAGAAAGUAUUUGUCCAGCCAGUAGUAGUUACCAUGCUUGGGCAAAUGUAAGAUGCAAGAUGUAUUGUGGUUUUUGUAUUGUCAGUACACCACCACCAUCAUGCGUCGACAAAAUAUCUAACUGUAAUGAGUAUGAUGCAGAUCUCUGCACGAACCCAUUAUACAGGCUCUUUAAAGAAGACAAUUGUCAACUGUUUUGUGGACUUUGCAAAAUAGCAGCAACAAUUCCUUCAACAACACCACCAACCCCUGUACCAACGACAACGAUGAAGAUACCAUUCAGACCACCAACAACCAUUGGCGUUCAAAGAUGUACACAGUGGGAUAACUGGGUGAAUUUGCACACACCAGAUGCCAGUGGUGAUUCAGAACCUAUUGCUGAAGUAAAGAAACACUCACAUAUUUGCAUUAAUCCUAUGAAGAUUGAAUGUCGAACAGCUACAGGUUCCACAGCCGAUGACCUAGGACAAAUAAUUUCCUGUGACCUUUGGAGUGGAUUACAAUGCGACAAUAUGAACCAGUUUGACCCAAAUGGGUGUGCUGACUACAAGGUCAGAUUAGGCUGCUUGAAACAGACCAGUGAAUGUACCCCAUGUGUUGAUAGAUCAUGGUCGCCAUGGGUAGACGAAAGAAAUCCAACAACACAUGCACUUGGUGACAAGGAGAAAUCUGGUCUUGAAUAUCAGAAAGCUUCAGGAUUCUGCAGUGGAGGAACAAUUCACAAGGUUGAAUGUUGGAGUACAGAUAUUGGGGCUUUCCACUACUCAAUAGGACAAGUUAUGAAAUGCACACCAAUAGAUGGAGUAGUCUGUAACAAUGCAGAUAAUUACCCACUGACCUGUACUAAUUAUAAGAUCAGAUACCAAUGUUAUUGCAAUGUCACCACUAUACUACAUUUUGUACCACCAAUAUCAAGACGAGACAAUGAAGAAGAUGGCAUUUUUUUGCUUUGAUGCUUACCUAACAUUUAGCUGAUAGUAAAUACAGAAUUGGAAUUAACAUAAUUUUGAGUGAAUGCAAGCCAUAUCACAUACAUUUAUGUUAAAUAAAUGUCCGGUCAUUUUGAAAGGGGAACAUAUUUUACUCAGUCACAGACAACCCAUAGACAUUUCAGGGUUUUGUCAUGUGCAAAGUGCGCGACAUUCGACCAACACACGAUAUCAAAUAUAAUAUAUACAUAACUUUAUUUGCAAAAAGUAAAACCCACAUGGAUUAAAAUGCAAACUUAAGAGACAUAUACACAAGAAACAUGCACUACAUGAAUAAAGUUUUAAACAAGUCAA